AUGCAGAGAGUUCCAAGGGUGUAUGCAGCAGGUUCAUCACCAUUGGGUUUUUAUUUAGCUUCCCAGAUAGCUAGAAUACCUUCACACAAUAAGUUUCCAGAGGUUAUUUUACUUUUAGAAGAUGAGAAGAAGCUGAAUAGGUUUUUAUAUAAGGAUUCUAAUCUCGAUUUCCAAUUCAGGAAGAAUAAUGUUUUACUGCCGAUCCAGAUGAUGGCAUCAUGUAACCCUCCAGUUUAUUCGAAUGGAGAAUUAUCAGUAAUAGAGAAUUUGAUUAUAUCGGCACCAACAUCUCCUAGUUUCUAUUCCACACUGUUUAAGUAUAAGAAUUCAUUAAACGGAAGUUCGAAUAUUCUUCUGAUAAACCCUGAAUUUGGUUUCUUGAAGGGUUUGCACUCGUUAUGGAAAGAAAAGACUGAAGUACCCAACAUUUUGAUUGGUUUUGUGAAAAAUUACGAUAGUUUUAAUCCACCGGUUCGUUUUGUAAAAGAGGAAUUUCAACUUAGAGUUAAUCCCCCACAAUUGGAUUUUAUUGUCUCUUAUUUCCCGACCAAUUUAAAGAACUAUUCAUAUUCAAAUGAUUUAGAACAUUUAAAAUACAUGAAGGAGAAAAAUCCAUUAUUAAAAAUUAUUUCUAAGGCAUCGUCUCUUUCAUUUAGUCUCCCCAGACCAAACAAACUCAACGUAAUGCAUUCCACAUACGGAGAACUUCUAAUCAUAAGAAUGGAAGAGCUAAUAGUGAAUAGUUGCAUCGACUCGUUAACGACCGUUUAUGAUUGUAUAUACCCCUCAGAUCUUCUUAAAGUAGACAAUCUAGAAAUAAUAGUCUCCAAUGUUAUCAAUGAACAGAUUGCGGUCUUGAAGAGAGAAUUUAAAUUUAUCACUAACAUCCCAUUUACAAAUAUUGCAUUAGAUUCCAAAAGAAUAUACAAUGUUGUAAACAAUAAAAUUGUUCAAAGUAACGCAAGCAUUCAUAAACAUAAGUUACAGUCAAAUCAUCUAAACUUAAAAUAUUCAGAUGCCAAUCCCAAAGUAUUCAUGAAAUAUGCAAGAUACAGACAAAUGAAUAUUCUUUGGACUGAAACGAUAAUGAACUUAGCAGAAGAACAAAAACAAUUGAACCGUACGAAAUUUUUUGAUUAUCAUAAUUGA